AUGUCUCUCGACCGGACAGUACAGAUUUGGCUCAGCAAUGUCCAACAAUCCACCAACGAUCCAUCGCCUACUCCAGAGCCAUACGCCGACGUCCCGCCCAAUGCCAUGAAACGCCGUCGAGCCGAUUCGCCACCUCGCGAGACGAGACAAAAGCUCAAGCUGUCACCCAACGAUCCGCUAUACGAUCUCAAGAAGAGUUGCCUCCAACGUCAGGCUGAAAUCGACAUGCUCAAGGAAGAAUUAGACAGAAUUACCUCUCAAGCGCGCAAGAAACGAGCGACCGGCAGUAACCAAGCGUCCUCAGAAUUACAGCAGAAAUACUGUAACUUUAUCAGCUACAGUACAGGCAAGGUUGAACGGCGGCUCAUCAGCAGAAUCGUCCACCCAGUUCCACAGCCUGCGACAACAGAAUCCCGCACACCCUCCUCGUCGGGCUGGGCACAACUACCCCGAUCGCAAGACGUCAAGGUCGAACCUGACACUGAACCUAUAUCGUGGUCACGAGACGUGAAUGCCGAACCAGUGGCUAGACCUGGGCCUAUACCAUUCGUACAAAGAACAUGGCCCAAGCCCAACUUUACGCCCCAACCACCCGCGUUACCGAUCCUCCUCAAACGAAUAAACGACAUCUACGCCGGCCGCGGUAUCCUCCCCACCGAUUUCCGCCCGAUCGUGAAUGCAACAACCGGAACACCUUUGGAAUACAAGUUGACCUGGGCGCGAGGUGGUGCCCAAAGUGAUGGUCACUACUGCGAUAAGCGCCGUAAAUUUGGCAAGGUGCCUGACCUCAAAAGUGUUGCAAAGGUCAUGGACCAGAGUAAUGAGUGCACUAGAGGUCAAGCAUUGCCGAACGAAUGGAACAUGGAGGUUGUUCACAAGGUUCUCGAGCUUUCGUACAGGGAUGAACCUUGGCCACUAUUCCUCGAUUUCCGAUGCAGCGACAAUGGUAUCAUUAUUCCAGAUUACCAUACCAACCCCGACAACCCGCCACCUCCCGAUUUCUGCGUCUACGUAGAAACACCGCUUGACGGCAUGUUGCCCGAUUGCAUCGACGAUAUGCAAAAGAGACUCGUCAGAAACACCUUCAACCACAUCGACCUCAAAUCCCUCCAAUCCCGGCGACCAAUAGCGUUCCACGUCCAUACCCUCUCGCAGAACACAGACCGCGAACUUCAGCGGGUCCGAACAGCAUUCGCCGCGCACUGGGGUUUGCUUAAGCGCAUGAUCCGGAUGAGAGAGAAGAUUGAUAUGGAAUGGCCAAAUCAAGCGUUCAAUUUCAUGAUUGAAAAUCCGUAUAACCUUCCCGAGUUCCUCCCGGGCAUCAGCAUUCACAAGCAGAACUGGUUCCUUAGCAUUUCGAAAUACGGCGAAGAUAAUCCGAGGUUCUAUGCGAUUGGCAAUACGGAGAGUUCGAUAGGCGUUUAUAAGAUUGUAUAUGUGUUACAGGUUCUGAAGAAAUGGGCUAAGACAGAGUAUUGGGACUGGAUAAGGAAUCUUUUAGUGCUGUGGCCUUCAAAUCAGGAUGGAAGGAAAAGAUGGUAG